AUGGGGUCUGUUUCUAACCAGCAGUUUGCAGGUGGCUGCGCCAAAACGGGCGAGGAAGAGCCCACGGGGGACUCGCCCCGGCCGGAUGAAGAGAGCCAGCCGCUCCUGCAUGGCGCCGGGAUCUGUAAGUGGUUCAACGUGCGGAUGGGGUUCGGCUUCCUCUCCAUGACCACCAAGGAAGGCAUCGCCCUCGAAAGCCCCGUGGAUGUUUUCGUGCAUCAGAGCAAGCUCCACAUGGAAGGCUUUCGUAGCCUGAAGGAAGGAGAGGCAGUCGAAUUCACCUUCAAGAAGUCCUGCAAGGGUUUGGAGUCCAUCCGAGUCACGGGUCCAGGGGGAGUGUUCUGCAUCGGCAGUGAGAGGAGGCCAAAGGGGAAAAACCUCCAGAAGCGCAGGCCGAAAGGAGAUAGAUGCUACAACUGUGGCGGCCUGGAUCACCACGCCAAAGAAUGCAAGCUCCCGCCACAACCAAAGAAAUGCCACUUUUGCCAAAGCAUUGCUCACAUGGUGGCCAACUGCCCCGUCAAAACGCAACAGUCUCCCAGUUCUCAGGGAAAGCCCGCCUACCUCCGGGAGGAGGAGGAGGACAUGCACAGCUCACCCCUUGUUCCUGAAACCAGGGAAUGA